GUUCAGAUUUCAAGGCAACUUGCGAGGCGCGGCAAGCAAAGGUCAAGUCGCCAACGUGCGCAACUUUCGGUUGUGGCACCAAGUACAUCCACCACCAUCCCUGCCAGUGCACGCCAAAGUGCGAGAAGUUCGGCAACUGCUGCUCAGACUUCAAAGCCGUCUGCAUUCUCAAGAAGGAGACAGCCGAAAGCAAGAAAGAGCCGGCAAAGGAGCGAGCUACUGCCAAUGUCACCGAGCCUGAGUCGAAGGGAGAGGCACCUGCGAGCGCGAAGGCUCCUGCUGUGAUUCCUGCAGCGCCGUCGGCGGUCCCUGAUAUUGCGCCUACUGCCAUGCCAGGGCAGGCAGAGGAUGCCGAAGGUCACAAGGACUGGGCUACCACUGUGGACGGAAUCAUCCGCACCACCAACGAGGCCUGGAUUGGUGGCAACGGAAAAAUCGAUGCCAGUAUGAAGUGCGAGACUGCCAAGCGAGGCGACGAGUGUUGGACGGCAGUGACUUGGGCAAUGAACGAUGGUAUCUACGAGCAUCCAGAGUGGUGGACCGAACUUCAGCCCGGAGCUUCAAGCUUCGAAGAGUUCCAAGCGCAUCAGCAUCUCAUGAAGCCGGAUUUGUGCCCACAGCCAUGCAUGGUCAGGUACGACACGUACGAGGAGCCGACCUACCGCUCGUCGCGAGAGUAUGCUAUGAAGGGCGUUUCUUACGGGGCGUCCCCUUUGAAGUCGAACAAGAAGCUCACUGAUGAUGACUUCAUGACUGACAUCACCGGGGCGAUGUGGGAUUCUUGGGGUCGCGGGGAUCUGGACGUUUUGGCGUCCAUGGGCGUGAAUACGCUGCGGAUGUACGGAAACGACUUGAACUACAGCCACCGCUCCUUCCUGGAUGGUGCCUGGAAGCGAGACAUCGACGUCAUUGUGGGGCUCAGCGAUUGGGGAGAAAGUAAACAGCACUGUUCAGAAGAGUCUUGCUGCUUGCCAGUGGAAGCCAUGAUCCGCUACACAAAAGGGGCGUUCCAAACGCUCUUGUACUGGUGGGGCGGCAUCAAUCGACAUCUGAUUCUGAAUUCCGUGGUCUACUUGAUCUUCUUGGUUGCCUUAUAUUGGGCGCAGUACCACUGGCCUUUCAUGAGGGUGGAGUCCUCCACAAGUGGGCUCUCCAUGUUGGGCAGCCUCACUGUGUUCCUUCUGGUCUUCCGUAUGAACCAGUCCAUGGCCCGGAACAACGAGGCCACGGAGAGAACCGAUGAGAUGUUUGGAGAGCUUGACUUUCUGAUCCACUCUGUCUGCAGCUUCAUGCAAGGAAUCCAUGUGGUUCGGCUCACCAUUGCCUUCGGCGUUAGCUGCCUUCUUUACUUCCGUAUCCUCGCCUCACUCGCAGACGCACAGGGUGUACUCGAAGAGGAGGACCUAGUGCAGAUCGUUUUUCUGCAUAGCCGUCUGCAGGCCUUGCUAUAUGAAGAGGAGAUGGAGCUCGUGGACCAGUACAUUGGCAUCUCCAGAGAAAGCGCUGGCGGCGAUGCGGAGUAUCGUGCUGAAACUGGCCGUUUCCGAAUAGCGGCCCAGUGCGCAGGCUUGCUGAUGCGGCCCAGGAAGGCAGGGAACAAUGAGCAGGAGGACUGCAACUUCGUGCCGCAGACCAGCGACAUCAUCCCUCCUCUCCCCAAGGUCGUCCUGAGCAUGCUCGUUGAGGUGUGCCACACCCCCUUGGCUCAGAAGUGGGGGUACCCAGAGCGGGUGCUGAAUCUCAUUGCCAGCAUAUCUGCUGACGCUUUGGACCAGCUGACUCACCUGUCCGGCCUCAUUGCGCGACCGGUCUCCCUGGCAUACUAUCAGCAUUGUCGCGUGAUCGUGGUGAUCUUCAGCUUCAUGCUGCCACUGGUUACAGAGGUUGGAGAGGACCUGAUCGGCAGCAUCUUCGACAAUAUCGUGUUCCCCUUUGUCAUCUAUUGGGCCAUGUCGGGUCUCGAGCGCCUGGCAGAGAUGAUGGAGAACCCGGUGGGCGACGACGAUACGGACAUCAACCUCCUUGCGCAGCUGCACGAGUUAGAGGUGGGUGCUCAACUGGCCAUCGAGCUGUGCGAAAAUCGCCGCAGCAUGCUCCGGAGGACACUGGCCAAGGUUUGUCCGAGUUGCUCCGAGACAUCAAAGUUCUGGAAGAACAAACCGCCCCUGGUGCCUCCGGUUCACUUCGAGGACUACUUCUGUUGGCUGCCUAUUCCGGCAGCUAUUGCGGAGGGAAUGGUCAUGAAGCACGGCCAUGUAGACCACGUGCACUGGGCAUUCUUUGAGGGCCACAUCGCAGAGUUCCGAUCCUUCCUGCGGAAGGCUUUGAGACGUCACACUCCGGGCAGGAGGAGCGCCUAUGAGGCCAUACCGCAAGAUGCCAGCGCCGAGGAGCUCAAAGUUUAUCCUGAAGCAGAGAUGGACAGCACUAUGGGCAUGAUCCAGCGCGAUACCAACCAGUUCUGGCACUACCUUGCCUUCCGACCCGUACUUAGCGGUGCGCAGACGGAGGGUGAGCUGGGAAGACAGGCCUUGUGGAAGAAGCGAAUCGUCACACUGCUGGGUCAGGACCACCCAGCGUCGCAGCUUCUGCAAACAGAGAGCCCCGACUCCGCUCGGUCGGUGCUGUUGCAGCCGCAGGUUGCUCCCAAGCCCCGGAAACACCACAUUUCUGAGGCCAUGCGGGAGGUGGCCUUGCCAGGAAGAAGCCGACUGGAGGAGGACAUGCAGCAGAAGCCUUAUGAUCCUCACCUGCAACUCCCUCAUCAGCAUCAUCUUCUCCAACCUCCUAGUGGGGCAAGCUCCCCUGGCCACCUAUCCCGGGUGGCUUCCAAGCAGAGUACAGCCCGCUUUGAGAUCAACGUCCACGACAUGAGCAGGAGUGCCCCCAUGCAAAGUUUACGUCGGGCGGUCACCCUGAAUCCUGUAGAGCCCCACAUGGAGACGGCCCCCUACCACUUCACGGACACGAGCUUUGCGGAGCACCGGCCACAGCUGCCGGCCCAGGUGCUGGAUGCGUCAGCUUCUGACUCCGUCAGCUCCUUCUCCAGCUCCCCAGCGGCCGCGUCACCUUUAUGGCCUUCCUGGAGCCAAGUGCACACCCCGGACCGGCUUGAGAAGAGCCCCAGCGCGCGUCCGACGUCGAAGAGCACAAGCCCUCAGCCCGCUACGAACCUACUGCACCUGACCUGA